AUGUAUAUUCGCAAAAGAAAUAUAUUGUUGUUGACAUUUAUAAUAGUGCUAAGUUUACCAGCUUUGGCAACACAAUUUGAUGUUGAUGAAGAAACAAAUGAAGUAAUUGAGAAAGAAGAAGAACCAGACAUUCCUAAUGUAGAUGAAUCAGAAUCUUUGCUUUCGAAUGUUGUCUCAGAUGUAAACAAAACUUUGACAAACUUCUACAACCAUGUAACAUCAGCAAACAUCACGGCAGAGAAUCGGACGCAGAGUGGUAACGAAACCCGUAAACUUGUUAAAUGCAAGGAGAUUGUAUAUGAAGGAACCGAGGACAUAGAAGUGGAGAUCAUAAAUGGAACACAUUUAGCAAAGCUCUUACAAAUCAAGCCAGAUAUUACAAGUCGUGAUGUGGAGGCUGAUUGUAUUCUUGUCUUAUUUUUUGCAAGAGCCUGCCCUUUCAGUGCUCAUGCAGCACCUCACUUCAAUGCUCUUGCUAGAGCUUAUCCCAAUAUUAAAUUAGUAGCGCUUGAUGCUUUAAAGUAUCAUGGAAUUAAUGCUCAAUAUGGGAUAGUUGGUGUACCAACACUAAAAAUGUUUCAUAAUGGCAGGCCAGUUGGUAAAUUUAAUGGGACAGAGUACAACAUCCAAUCUUUUAGCAAAUUUGUUCAUGCAAUCACUGGCCAGUAUCCACUAGAGCUUUUAGUCACAUCCAAAGAUUUCCAAGGACCAGUUUCAAGUGUGGUUGAAAAGGACACAGAUUAUUUCCUGGUACUGUCUUGGUUGUUUAUAAUAGUAUGUUCUAUAUACUACUUCAUGCAAUCAAAGUGGUGGAAGAUGAUAGUUGAAAUGGUGCAGAAUAACUGGAGAGAAUCUGAAGCCCAACAUGAACAUAAUGAUUAG